CGACACUAAAAUUCAUUGCCUGCCCACGCGACCGACCACUUACUUGUUGGCAAAAUACUCUCCCGCCUACGCCAUGCUUUGAAGCUUGAGCAUUUUUGGCUGGUAUAACAACAGAGGCGAGCUACCGUAUUGCGCAUUAAAAACAGGCCAGUCCUGGUUUGGUCUCCAAUAAAAUCUUUGUACCAAUCUCGCUCCCGGUGGCCUCACUUGAUGUGGUAGCCGAUAGAAAAAUCCACAUUGCGUACCAUAUCGCAAAAUAAAAGCAGGCCAGCAAGGACAAGAGUGGAUUCCGAUCGGCAGAGGUCUGUUUUCUACCUUGCGGUCUUGAUGCUUCGGUUACCUUUCGAACCCAGCCAUUGCUGUUUGAUGGGGUAAAAGGGGGAGCACUGAUCGUCUUAGUUGUGGUUUUUUAAGGUUUAGUUCCUCUGUUUCUACCCGGCGGCGCCUGUGUCAGGCUGAACAACCCUGCCGUGGGAAGAUUCCAUGGGGUCAGUGAUAAAUGGGUGCAGCGUCGCAUUCAGAAACUUUUUCAUGAAACCCCUUUAUUUGCGCCUCAAAAUUCACCAGCCUCUCGGUUGGUCGACCUUCUUUUUUUCUUGUAUAAACACUCGGCCGACAGCUUGUAUUCUUUACAAACCAGCAAGCCGUGAGCCUGCAUGCUGCUCAGUCUUCGCCUCGGUCGCAGCUUCUCGCAGUCUCUUGCGCGGUGCCUAUAACCUCGCCCUACCAGCCAGCAGACUCUCUUACCGAUCGUCCCGCUCCAUAGAGCCGUUGGAACAUCAUGUCAGGAGUAAAUAAUCCUAUCCCUCACCUACCUAAGGACCAACAGGAGCAGAUCCUAUCUGGACCUGCUCUGGCUCCUCCAAAUGGAACUGUGUCCAACUUCGACAAUCCCUCGAACGAGAAUGGCCUCGCGAUAGGAGUUAUGUCGCUCUGCAUCGCAGUGUCCAGCUUGUGUCUAUUGAUCAGAGGAUAUCUCGCUGUACUAGCCAGGCGGGUGACAAUUCCAGAGGUCUUGAUCGUGGUGGGUUAUGGCUGCUAUGUCGGAUGGAGCUACUGCUGCUUCGAGGUCGUAUAUGUCCCGGGUCUAUUUGUGCAUCAAUGGGAUGUCGUGAUGAGGGAUAUGAUCCCUCUAGCAUAUUACGUCUACAUUGCCGGAGUCCUUUACUCGAUUGUCCUCCCGUGUCUCAAGAUCGCCAUUUUGGUUGAGUGGAUGGAAAUGUUCACGGUGCAGAGGAACUUGUUUUGGUGGACCUGCAUUUUCCUCAUCUUCUUGCAGACCACCACCGGCAUUGUUAUUACCGUGCUGCUAAACUUUGUGUGUAUUCCUAACGCCUCCAUCUACGACCUGACUGUGGCUGGAGUUUGCAACAUCAACAAACACUCCAUAGAGCUCGCGUCGGCGUCUAUUCAUCUCUUCACCGACGCUGUCAUGCUCUUCCUCCCGCAAAAAGUCAUCUGGGGACUCAACAUGUCAGUCAAGAAGAAGCUCGGUGUAGCGGGUGUCUUUGGGCUGGGUGUGCUCGCCGUAAUCUCAGCCAUCAACCGAGUCGCUGCCACCGUCAUAUAUGCCGACGCCACCGAUGUAACCUACACGCUCGGCCCCGUCAUCUUCUGGGCCUUUGCCGAGAUGACAUGCGGUUUCGUCAUCUCGUGCCUGCCAGCAGCACCCAAGCUGGUGCGCGAGCACCGCGUCUUUCACCGAAUCAAGGCCAAGCUGGGCAUGAAGCUGACGACGGCGAGGAGCGGCGCGUCGGGCUCCAACAUCUCGCGCGGCACGACGCUCAACAACACGCAGCAGGGCACGGCCCCUGGCAGCAGCGCCGGCGGCGCCAAGGCCUGGCGCAAGAUCGAGGACGAGAGCGUCCAGCUCGGGGACAUGACAAAGUCGGACUCGACAGAGUACCUGCAGCACGAGGCCAAGUCCGAUGCCGCCCCGACAGAACGCCUCAGGGCCACCACCGUCACGGUCAAGCAGGAGGUGGCCGUCGAGGAGGACCUCGAGCGCGCCACAAACGGCCUGCCGUACGGUGCGGACCCCAUCGCCGAUAGCGGACGGUUCGUCUCGUCCGCGUGGCACGAUGGUCCCCAGAGCCGUGGCGGCAAGAAGAGUUACUAUGGCAACGCGAGGUAAUUCCUGGUUGCAACCCUUUUUUUGUUACGCUGAUGGCUUCCGCUGCUUCCGGUGUCUUGUUGCCGGGGAGCGGAAGAAUGUACUACCUACGUAUGAUAAGCAAACGAAAACAAAAGACCACGAUCAAGUGUUUUUUUUUUGGAGGCGGAAAAAGAAAAAAAAAAGCAGUAUUGUUUUGUAUGAGAUGGAGUUAUUGUUGUCAAAAGUUUGGCUGAGUUUGCCAUUUAAUCACAGGAUAGAUGUUAUAUACCAAACCACAUUGGAAGAUUCUAUUGGAGAAAUCAUUCAUCGUCUGCAUGCAUCACUGUUGUUGUUUUCUUCUUUCAUUUUGCUAGACCAAGCCUCUCAACACAUACACACACCAAUCC